AUGGCUCCCUUGUCUCACACACCUUUGGAUCAUGGUUGCUCCUUCCGCUCGGAUGCAGUAAGAGAAGGAGUAGUUGCCACUGCUGGAAAGAACUUGCGAAUUCUAUCGGUGGAUACAAUUGGCAUGGGAGGCGGCCAGGAAGAAGCAUUCAAUACCCAGAAGAUCGAUUUGCGAUAUACACCGCAACACAUGACUCUUUUAUCAGCUGGAAUGGGUAACUCUGUGGGCGCUCCCGAGAGCCGAAAGACCAUUGUAGCUGUCGUGGAGAGUGACUACAAUGAGUACGGCCUGGAGGCCAAAAUCGCAAUGGGAUUUGAUGGAACCGGUGGAUCUGGAGCUGCAUCUAGUUGUGGUGGCAAGGCUAAUGACAAUAGCAUGGAUAUGGUCGAAGGGAGCGACGACGAAGGUGACAAGAAAAUGGACACCGAGGAAGGAGAUGGCAUGGACCCCGAGGAAAAGGAAGCUAGGAAGACCCCAAGCAAUCAGAGGCCCCGUUCCGAAUGCCCCUGGCCACUGGGGUUCGUGUGUUCGCUUGCUCGACCCAUCCGAUUCAUGCAGAACUCUGGACUGCGUUGA